CGGGGGGCUGCGCGUGCGGCCGCCGCGCCCCGCCAGACCCCCCGCCGCCCCCUGCACCCGCCGCGCACCCAGCACCCGCCGCACCAGCCCACCAUCCCCUCUGUGCUCUCGACGACAUGCCGCCGGUACUUAGGUCAAAUCCACUGUAUAGGGAGGAGGAAGAGCAGGAGGUAGUUAUAAUCGUGGACUCGCUGGAGGAGCACGUGGAACCGGAGUCAGUAGCCCCCCGCGUGCCUCGCCGCGCGCCUUCCACAUCCUCAGGGUACGGCAGCGGCGGCGGAAGCGCGGGGCGUGUGUCGCCGACAUUACCAAAGAUAGAGUACACUCCGGAUGUAUCCCGCUGUGCAGACACGGAGCGCUCUCCCGCUUCAGAUUCCGACUGUGACAAGUCGGGGUCCCGCGCAUCAGAAUCGGCCUCAGAUGACAGCCCUGACUGCACCCUCUCAAGAAGCCUCAAGGAUGAUAUUAGAGCGUGCUUGGGUGUUUGCAGAUGGGAUAAGGAGGUAAGCGAGCUGGUUGCCGCAGCGGCGCGGGGCGCGGGGGGCGUGUGCGCGGCGCGGGCGCGGCUGCACGCGGCACUACGCGCGCUGCACGAGCCCCCUGCGCCCCUCCCGGCGCCGCCGCACCCCGCUACGCCGUACUGCGGGCCCGGCGUGCGCCCCGGUGACGUCACCAUGCGCCCCAAGCACGAAAUGUCCCUACUAGCCGCUAGUGCGUUAUUUACGCUCGAUGGCGCUCGAGGUGAAGCUCUCGCGCGGCGGCUGGCGCGGGGAGAGAGACGUCGUCGACGAUGCCGCGCCGUGCUGGCGAUAGCUGCACUGUUAUUACUGCUGGCGGCUGUGUGUGCAGUGGAGUUGCUCAUGUCACGAGGGCAGAGGGUCUUUGGAGCCGUGCUGCGAUGAACGGAGCAGGGAGGCAUUUUCUACAUCAAACGAAAAAGGCAAACCUCGAGCAUACUUACGUGGCAUAUUUUUCUUAAUUUUUACAGUAAUUAAUUUUUGUUUUAAUACAAAUUAUGGUUAUUACCGAUAUUCGAUAAUCUACGAUUUAUCGAUAAUUUUGUGACAUCCCUAUUAUGAAGUUUAGACCCUUUUUCCACUGUAGCUAGUUGCGCGGUCGUCAAUUGGCAUUGGCUACACCGCAGGACUGAAAGAAAUGUAUAAAUUUUACAAAAACCUUUCCCCUGCCAAAAAGUCGCAGUUGCGUAGUAGAAGCGUUAUUUUUCAUUUUCUUACGAUUGGAGGUUAUUCUCGGCUGCUAGCUCAGUGGAAAAAGAAAUUUAUUAGUAAGGAGCUCAAAGAGCAAGAAUGAUGACGUAAAACUGACAGAUGUCAGAUCAACUCUCAUUUCGUUCAUUAAUAAAAAAUAGUAUCGAAUUUAAUAGUUAAGUUUAAUUUAAAAACAAUUAUCUCUAUCUAUGGUCUCCAUUUUUUAAUUUUAGUUGUAAGUUUUUUUUCUUGUAUCAAAACAUCCAUUUGUAGGUUAUAUAGGAGCAGAUGUUAGUUUUAGUUUAAUUUGUAAACACGAUAAGCCAUAAUCAUUUUAAUGUAAGUAAAUCAUUUUAGAAUAUGUAAAUAAUAAGGGAAACUGUAUUUUUAUUUUUAAAAAUAAACGAUUUAAAUUGUGAUCUUUAUAAAUUGUGAUCUUUGUACCUUAUUGUAAUCAUUUUGGUGAUGAAAUUUUUUACAUUUAGCGAUUUGAUAUCUAUUUGCACAAAGUGCAUUUGUAUUUUUUUACGAAUUAAAUAUUUUAUCUGUGGUGAA